AUGGCCGACCUACUCUAUGACUUGUUGACUCCGUCUCUGUCGCCAGAUAGCCGAUCAUCGCCUCCAGACCCUGUUGCUUUGGAAUAUCUUACCAAACUUGCCGCUCAGCCGCUUGAGCAGCUUGAGACCGUUGAACCACAGACGCUGGCUCAAAGCUCCCAUUCUCUAUUGCUAUCCCUUCAAGGGCUCUCUCAGCGCUCUCAUAAAACCAUCAUCUCAUCAUCCGAGAGCCAUGCAAGCCUGGGCCGCGCCCUUCCUGCAUUGGCGACUUCUAUAUCCGACCUCAAAGCUGUCAUACCGAAACUGGACGAUGCUGCAGUCCGCUUUUCUACUACUUAUCACAAAUCAGCCGACAACGAAUUACUGAAAACACGGAAGACGGCAUUGCUUCUGUCACGGAAUGUUGAGCGAGUUGUUGAUCUUCUCGAUCUCCCUACUCUACUUUCAUCCGCUAUCGCUACCAGCUCAUCUAGCUUGACUGCCAACUAUGCUUCUGCUUUAGAUCUGAAUAAUCAUAUACGGCGGCUCCACACCCUGCACCCGGACUCUUCCCUGGUUUCGGCGGUUGCUCACCAAGCCGACGAAGCCAUGCAGCUCAUGGCCAAGAACCUCAUUUCUAGUCUACGGACGCCGAGCCUUAAGUUGACAGCUGCCCUCAGAACUAUUAGCUGGCUGAAGAGGGUUGCACCUGAUUUAAGCCCAUCGGGCAAUAUAAGCCACAAUGGAGCUGGUGAUAAUGAUGGUCUGGGAGCCUUGUUCCUCAUAUGCCGACUUUCAACCCUUAUGAACAUGCUUCAAGCUCUAGAACCACUGCGUGAGCUUGCAGACAAGGAAAGGCUCCGCCAACAGCAGAAUACCCCAGCUAGUGGUUCAUGGUCAGGUGGUCAGCAAACCGAGCGAUAUCUGAAAAGAUAUAUUGAAAUAUUUAGAGAACAGAGUUUUGCUAUCGUGUCAAUGUUUAAAAGCGUAUUCCCGCCACAGGCGUCGAAGGAGUCGUCCACGCCAGACGGACGGGAUCCACUACAAUCAAUGCCUUCAAUGUUGUCAACUUUUCCCCUCCAUAUUAUUGAGAUGCUUGUAGAGACACUACGAAUCUAUCUACCCAACGUUAGGGACCAAGCAUCACGAGACAGUUUGUUGACUCAGGUUCUGUAUUGUGCCGGAAGUCUUGGGCGACUGGGAGGGGACUUUGGUAUUCUGUUAGCCAGCCUCGACCUCGGUGAGAAUUUGGAGGAUGAGUGGGUAGAAGUUGUAAGACGACAUCGCCUUAUGGCAGGACGCCUUGAAUCCAUUCCUUUCGAUCUCCUCAAAACCCGAGUCCAGCAGUCCGGCACCCACUCGAUCCGGUCCGCCGUCCGCGAGAUAGCCCGCUCUCCCAAUGUCGUCGCGGCCUUCUGGAGGGGCACGGUGCCCUCUGCGCUGCGCACGGGCAUGGGCUCGGCCAUAUACUUCACGACGUUGAACACGAUCCGUCAACAAGCCUCAGCCUUAGCAGCACAGUCUCAGCUCCACAGCCAAAAUCAGCAUAAUCGUCCCUCUUCAUCCGCUCUCCCAAAGCUCUCCAACACCACCAACCUCUUAUCGGGCGCCUUCGCUCGCGCCUUCGCAGGCUUCAUUCUUAUGCCGCUCACCGUGAUAAAGGUGCGCUACGAAUCUAGUAUGUACUCAUACGCCUCCGUCAUCGGCGCGGCCCGCGACAUAUAUCGGACUGGUCGCAUUUCGGGCUUUUUCGCGGGGUUCGGGGCGACGGCCAUGCGCGAUGCCCCCUACGCUGGCCUCUACGUCGUCUCGUACGAGCAAUUCAAGAAACGCCUCGGCCAGAUCUAUGGUCCUGGCGAAACCCACCACCGCCUCCCCGGUACCGGUAUGGCGGGCUCAGUAUCGGCCACCAUCAACUUCAGUUCGGGCGCCUUGGCCGGCGCCACGUGUUCCUUCAUAUCGAACCCGUUCGACGCCGUCAAGACACGCAUUCAACUGCAGCCACAUGUGUACCGCAACAUGUUCCACGCCUGUCAGAUGAUGGUCACACGCGAGGGCGUCCGGUCGCUCUACGACGGCCUGGCGUUACGUAUGACGCGCAAGGCCCUUAGUUCGGCGUUGGCGUGGAUGAUGUACGAGGAGUUGAUUCGCAGGGCCGAGUCAACUUGGCAGCGGGACACGGGUGGACAUGUAUGA